UUGUCCUUUCUCAAUCGCGGUCCCGGGCCGCCGGCGAGAGGGUUUUGAGGAGCGGCGAUCGAAUGGAAGAGUUGGACGACUGGGGGCUCAGUGCAGAAGAGCUCAACUUCCUGGAGGAGGAUGCUAUCAGGAAAAUCUCUGAGAGGAAGGCUUCCUCCGUUGCCUCUUCUUCAUCUUCUUCUCCCCUUGCACGCCAAGCUGACGCCUCCAAGAACCCACUUUUCAAGCCGGUUGACAAACCCCCUUCUAAGACCUCCUUAGAAUCCCGCUACGGCAAGGUUGAAGCCUUUCCUCCUCAAGAUAUUUCUUCAGCUGACAUAUCCACAGGGACAGGGGAAAGCACCAGAUCUGCCCUACCCACACUUUCUGUCAGAUUUUGUGUUCAUGAAAGUGGUGCCAUUGCUGCAAAGUUCUCAUAUCAUGCGUUACUCGUAGAUGCUUUUCACAAGAUCCCAAAGACGAGCUGGCAUGCAAAAGAAAGGCUAUGGAUGUUUCCUCUAUCAUCCUUGGCAGUGGCUGAGGAGGUUCUUAGUGCAGUGAAUGGUGCAAAUGUUGAGUGGAUCAUAUCAAUCAAGAUAUUGGAAUAUGCUAUGGUAGAGAAGCUAGACGUAUUGGUGCAUCGUGCCCUGGGAGCUGCCUCUGCUGUUAAUGAUCUUCGAGAUCUCUAUGACAGGAUGCCAAGCUAUCUUGAGACGAAACUUCUACCUUUCCAAAGAGAAGGAGUUAGAUUCAUUUUGCAGCAUGGUGGGCGUGUUCUUCUAGCUGAUGAGAUGGGUCUUGGAAAGACAUUACAGGCAAUUGCUGUUGCUGCAUGCAUGCCUGAGGCAUGGCCUGUUCUUGUUAUUACUCCAUCUUCCUUACGUAUACAAUGGGCUUUUAUGAUUCAGCAGUGGCUUAAUAUACCGUUUGCAGAUAUUCUGGUAGUGCUAUCUCAAUCUGGAGGUUCUAACAAGGCUGGAUUUAAGAUAGUAUUUUCGCAUUUAAAAUCAAGUAUCCAUCUAGAUGGUGUAUUCAACAUAGUCUCUUAUGAUGUAGUUCCCAAGAUACAAGAUAUUUUAUUGGCUUCUGAGUUUAAGAUUGUUGUUGCAGAUGAAUCACAUUUUAUGAAGAAUGCUCAAGCUAAGCGAACAAAUGCUUGUAUCCCAAUUCUAAAGAAAGCUCAAUAUGCAAUUCUUCUGAGUGGAACUCCUGCUUUAUCCAGACCUAUUGAGUUGUUCAAACAGCUUGAGGCUUUACAUCCUAAUGUUUACAAAAAUGUGCACGAGUAUGGGAACCGCUAUUGCAAGGGAGGCUUCUUUGGUGUCUAUCAAGGUGCAAGUAACCAUGAAGAAUUGCAUAGUUUGCUAAAAGCAACUGUCAUGAUUCGCCGGUUAAAAAGAGAUGUACUCUCACAGCUUCCAGUGAAGCGUAGGCAACAAGUCUUUCUGGAUUUGAAUGAGAGUGAUAUGAAACAAAUACGAAUACUCUUUCGCGAGUUGGAGGUAGUGAAAAUGAACAUCCAGGCUUGUAAUUCCCCUGAGAAGAUUGAGUCACUCAAGUUUAUGCAAAAGAACCUUAUCAACAAGAUUUAUAGCAACAACCGCUAUCGUUCAGUGUGCACAAAGAAAUUAGGUUCUUCCUUAGAUAUGAUCUUCAAUGAUUCAGCAGAAGCUAAAGUUCCUGCUGUUCUUGACUACCUGGGAACAGUUAUUGAGGCAGGUUGCAAGUUCUUGAUAUUUGCCCACCAUCAGCACAUGAUUGAUGCAAUACACCAAUUUCUUCUUAAAAAAAAAGUUGGUUGUAUAAGGAUUGAUGGUGGUACACCUCCUACAUCAAGACAAGCUUUUGUUGCUGACUUUCAAGAGAAGGAUGGCAUCAAGGCUGCAGUUCUUUCAAUUAGAGCUGGAGGCGUUGGCUUGACUCUCACAGCUGCAAGCACAGUAAUUUUUGCGGAGUUGUCAUGGACUCCUGGUGAUAUCAUUCAAGCAGAAGAUCGUGCUCACAGGAUUGGUCAGGUAUCAUCAGUCAACAUCUACUAUCUUCUAGCAAAUGACACUGUGGAUGACAUAAUAUGGGAUGUUGUUCAAAAUAAAUUGGAGAAUGUUGGCCAGGUGCUUGAUGGCCAAGAGAAUACAUUAGUAGUGUCUUCGAAUCCCUCAAGCAGAAGUCCUCAUAAGCAACUAACUUUGGACGCGAAUCCCUCAAGCAGAAGUCCUCAAAAGCAACUAACUUUGGACGCCUUUAUGAAACGUUGCCAAAGUACCGAUGACACCCACCACAAAACUAAAAGUCCUAAAAUCUGACCAAAUUUCUUCGCUCUUUCGGUGUUUUUCGAAUGGAUGGCUUUAUGGUUUUGUGAGAGACUAUUGUAAUCUAUUGUAGUGGAUGAAUAACUUGUAUCUUUCUUCUCUCAUGUAGAAAAAGAAAAUGGUGAAGCAUGGAUAAGUAUAACAGCCCCUUCCACGUAUAAA